CUACACUCCGUAGAUGUGUCGGAUCCGUGGAUUCGUUGGAUCAAUCUGUGUCCUCCACUGAAACUGAAACAGGAAAGGUCGAUUUCUUGUAGUUUAAAGUCCUAGAAAGUCCACAAUGUCCAACUUUAUUGAACGCAUUAGGAACCGAAUCCCGGGUCUGCGCCGUCCGGAAAACAAUGGCCCACCUCAAGGAGUCGUUACCGUGGAUAUGGGGGAGAUUGAUUAUGGGAAGGAGAAGGAUAUGAAAAAAGUGUCAUUCUUCAAUCCACUCGAUCCCGUGCCAAAAUAUGACUUCUAUGCCAAAGAUACUUGGGCUGGACGUAUAAAAAAAACCAGACCUUCACUGGAUGUUCUGCGCAAACCACCGGAGCCUGAUGAUCUUCCUCCACCACCAGAGGAAGAUGGACGGCCCAAAGUCAAGCUUGUUCGCUUUGGAUGGGUUCUGGGAGUCAUGAUUCGCGCUAUGUUGAACAUCUGGGGAGUCAUUAUGUACCUGAGACUGCCGUGGAUCACGUCUCAAGCCGGACUCAUUCUGACCUACGUCAUCAUCUUCAUGUCCAUCGUCGUUACAACAAUCACAGCAACGUCUGUGUCAGCUAUCUCCACCAACGGGAAGAUCUACUCUGGUGGCACGUACUUCAUGAUCUCUCGGAGUCUGGGUCCGGAGCUCGGAGCACCCAUCGGUUUGCUCUUUGCGUUCGCCAACGCUAUUGCCUGUGCGCUCCACACCGUGGGGUUUGCAGAGACCGUCAGAGAUCUUCUCAAAGACUUUAAAUCUCAGAUGGUGGACGAUGUCAAUGAUGUGAGGAUCAUUGGGGCAGUUACUGUCGUUGUUCUCCUCUGCAUUACAUUUGCUGGAAUGGCUUGGGAGGCGAAGGCUCAGAUCCUGUUCUUCAUCGCCAUCAUGCUGUCCUUAAUUAAUUAUUUUGUGGGGACAGUCAUUCCUACCAACACAGAAAAGGAGUCUGUGGGAUUUUUCGGAUACCGUGGUGACAUUUUCGUGGAGAAUCUGCUGCCUUCUUACCGAGGCCCAAAUGGAUAUUUCUUCAGGUUGUUCGCCAUCUUCUUUCCAGCCGCCACAGGAAUUCUGUCUGGAGUCAACAUCUGUGGAGAUCUCAAGGAUCCGACUGGUGGGAUUCCUAAAGGGACCCUGCUGGCCAUACUCUGGACCACCUUGAGCUAUUUACUGAUCUCAAUCACAUGUGCUGCAACUGUUGUAAGAGACGCCUCUGGGAAUGUGAACGAUAGUUUGGCCCUCAAAAAUUUCACCACCCAGUGCAGUGGCCUGGGCUGUAAAUUAGGCUGGAAUUUUGACCGGUGUGAACAGAACCGCACAUGUAGCCAUGGACUGGCAAACAACUUGAGGAUUCUUACCACUGUUUCAGGAUGGGGGAUUUUGAUCACCAUUGGUGUCUUUGCUGCCACCUUGUCAUCGGCGCUGGGUUUCCUGGUGUCUGCUCCCAAAAUUUUUCAGUGUUUGUGUAAGGAUAACAUCUACCCCUUCAUCGGCUUCUUCGGAAAAGGCUACGGGAAAAACAACGAACCUCUACGAGGCUACUGUCUCAUGUUUAGCAUCGCUAUGGCUUUCAUCCUCAUCGGUGACCUGAACACAAUCGCUCCUCUGAUCUCCAACUUCUUCCUCUGCUCUUAUGGCCUCAUCAACUUCAGCACCUUCCAUGCAUCAAUCACUCAAUCACCAGGUUGGAGGCCGGAGUAUCAUUUCUAUUCUCCAUGGACAUCUCUGUUUGGGUCAAUCUUGUCAUUCGUCCUCAUGUUUCUGUUCACAUGGUGGGCCGCUCUCGUCACUUUCUGUAUCAUGCUCUUCCUCCUUGGCUACGUUAGUUAUACAAAACCUAAGAUAAACUGGGGCACGUCUUAUCAGGCGGGUUUCUACAACAUGGCUUUGUCCUUCUCGAUGGCUCUGACUGGUGUUGAAGACCAUGUCAAAAACUUCAGGCCUCAGUGUCUUGUUCUGACCGGUCCUCCUAACACUCGUCCCGCUCUCGUGGACUUUGUGGCUACUUUCACCAAAAACACCAGCCUGAUGAUCUGUGGGAACAUUAUCAUGGAGGAUGAGAAGUCCAGUUUCCCGCAGCACAGCACUGAUAUGUUGGUGGACUGGCUCAAUCAGAGGAAAGUUCGUUCUUUCUACACGUCCUUCAACGCUGACAGUCUGAAAGAGGGCGCACAUAAUCUCAUGCAGGCUUCAGGUCUCGGUAAACUGAGGCCCAACACUCUGGUUUUAGGAUACAAGAUGAACUGGCAGGAAUGUAAACUGGAGAGCUUACAGGACUACGUCAACACCGUCAGCAAUGCAUUCGACUCCAGCUACGGCAUUGCGAUUCUGAGAAUGAUGGAUGGAUUGGAUAUAACAGAUAAUUUGCAUAGUGCAGUCGAAUCAUCUGCAAUUGACAAUCCGGCAUUCGACGCAGAGGAAGCCCAAUACGAAAAGGAUGAGAGCGACCGGAAUUCAGAUAUUUCUGAUGAUGGCUCGGACGAGCAGGUCAGAUCGGUGUUUCAGACGAAACAAGGCAGGAAGAGCAUCGACAUCUACUGGAUCUCUGAUGAUGGAGGUCUGACUCUUUUAGUGCCUUAUUUGUUGACCAGAAGAAACCGCUGGAAAAAGACCAAACUCAGAGUGUUUAUCUUAGGAGACCCCGAGAGCGUAAAGGAAGACCGUAAAGACAUGAAGAUGCUGCUUAAGAGAUUCCGGCUAGAGAUCGAGGACGUCGUCAUAAUAACAGACGUGGAUAAACCUCCUCUAGCGAAAAAUUUGCAGCGGUACGAGGAAUCCAUCGCCCCCUUCAGGCUGAGUGAAGAACAGGCCAUAGGAGACGUACAGGAGCUCAAGAGACUGAGUCCAUGGAAAGUGUCUGACAAAGACCUGGAGGCCAUAAAACCAAAGAUCGAGAGGACGCUGCGACUAAACGAGAUCAUCAAGAAGAACUCUGUCAACGCGGCUCUGGUUGCAAUUUCUCUUCCAGUCCCUGAUGUCACCUGUCCUAGUUCUCUCUAUAUGGCCUGGCUGGACGCUCUGAGCUACGGUAUCCACUGUCCUGCCCUGCUCAUACGAGGAAACCAGGAGAACUGCAUGACCUUCUACUGCCAGUAAAACACUCGCAUUAAUGUGCCUGAUCAUCCUUAAACAUAUUUAUUACUGCAUAUUACUUGCAAUUUAAGGAUGCUGAACCUUGUUGUACUGAAAUAAGCUGCUUAAUCCUCUCGAGCAUUGACUGUAUUACUACGAAUGCAUAUUUAUCUCACAUGCUUGUAUCUUUGAGGAUGAUACAGGUCAAACAGAUUCGGUAGAAAAGAUAGAAUAGAGAUACAGUAGAAACGCAGUAGAGUUAGGCUGGUGGAGGGAAGUGCUUUUUCUGCUCUCAGGAUCUUCAUUUCAGGGUAGAACUUUCAUGCAGUUUGAGUCAACACAUGUGUUAUAUUAUGUGUAAUAUUAUUACGUUAUUAUUAUGAAUCGCAAGUAUGCUUUCUAUCUGCUUAUGAAUGUGAAAAAUAAAAAUUAGCACCAUAUCUCUAAAGACUUAAUAUAUGAAUUUUGCUUCUCAGUGGCCUCAAAAUUGUUUAGGGUUAAGGAAAGGACAUGUGGAGAUGUAUGGUGUCCCAUUCCUUGAAACUGUGCUCUGCAUUUAAGCCAUCUAAGUGCUCACAAAUAAAAGUGAGUAGUGAAAAAACACAACCGGAGCAGUGGGCAGCCAAUGCUGCAGGGUCCGAAAAAAGGAAAGGUUUCAUGUGAUUUUUAGCAAAUGGUGGUGGUUCACCGUCCAUCAUUGGAACCAGGACCAGAUAUUUGCACAAAGGUAUUCUAGCCCUGUGACCUAUGGUCACACUUCUAAGGGCCACAAUUACAAUAAGAAGAAAUAAAUUGCUUUUUAUUCUAUGGGUUACCUACAAUAACCAAAGAACAAAAACCAAAAAGACAUUCAGCAAGCAAUUAACAAAUAUUAGGGUGGCAAACUAUUGUCAUGUUUUUCCAAUGAAAUUAAGUUUUAACUAAUCACUUUUCUCUCCCAAUAUCUCAUACACAAAUGCACACACAUACAGUAGAGACUCACAGACUUCAAAUGAGAUUUGGAGGUGGUACGGAGGUGGUAACAUUGCUAUUUUUAAGUUGAUAAACUUGCAUAUUUGCUACUAAUGGCUUUAGAGAACACUGUAAUGAAUUUCAUAAACAUUUAUGUUCAAUGCUUUUCACUUCUGCACAAAAACCCCCUCCUAAAUGUUAUUUUUAGUAUAAAAAUAAAAUAUUAAAAAUGAAUGCAUGGCUUAUGUGAUCAAAAAUUCAAAAGAAAGUUUCAGGACCCCCUCAGCUGUGUCAUCUCAUUUAAGAAGAGAGGUGUGAAAGUUAUUUAGUUUGA